AUGCCGGACGCAGAAACUAUCCUCCGUGACCUCCUCCACAAAGCGUUCGGCGGCGCGGACGUCCACGUGAAAGCGAUCACCAGCGGCGGCGCCAACUACACCUCCGCGCUCUACACCGUCACCGUGCCGCAGAAUGGACAGUCACUCAAACUAUUCGGUAAAGUCGCCAUCAUCGGCGAAAAGAUGAGAGCGGUCAUGAACGCCGAAAACCUCUACAGCACAGAGCAAUACAUUUACACCAAAAUACAGAAAGUUUGUUUUCCGAAAUUUUACGGAUGCACGGCUGAAUUAGGCUCCGAGACGAUACUGCUGGAAGAUCUGACCAUACGAGGGUUUGGAGCUUACGACAGACUACAAUCUGUGGAUUGGGAGCAUGCCGCGAGCUCUGUGACGGCGAUGGCGCGUUUCCAUGCGUUGUCGUUCGCGUACAAGAAUGAAUAUCCAGAAGAUUAUGAGGAAGCUACUAAAAGAUUAAUGCACAAAUAUGAUGCUCCGGAAGACGAGAGCUCCUUGAAAGUGUGGGAGAAGAUAAUUGGCGGAGCCUUGAGUGUAGUGGACGACGAGGAACUACUACGCGACAAGCUGGCGCGACUUCUCACCACGGAGAAUGCUUCCGAAGAAUUCGCUAAGUACAAAAUGCCUCUAAGUGUUGUGGUGUUGACGCACGGUGACUACAGGCCCAGUAACUUGCUGUUCAGGAGAGUGGGCGGCAACGUGGAGACCAUAGCGGUAGACUACCAGACCGUGCACGCCGGCUGCCCCAUAACAGACCUGCUGUACUUCAUAUUCUGCGGCACCGACGAGCAGUUCCGCGCGCAGCACUACGAGCAACUUCUGGACCACUACUACACGGAGUUAACCCUGGCUCUGCGGAGGCUGGAUAUCGAUGUCAAUGAUGUGUACCCUCGGGAGACGUUCGACAGUGAGAUUAAAGAGAUGCUGCCCAACACGUUGCGCGUCUGCGUAGUUAUCCUUCCCAUAGUGAUGGUGGACGAGGCUGCCGCGCCCCAGGUAGCAGGAGACGCCGACAUCGGCUCCUUCGCUCUCAAGCCCAACGAACUCUUUGCCCAGAGGUUCAACGGGAUCUUGAAGGACUUCGUGAAGUGGGGGGUUAUAUAAGGGCUUAGAUAAUUAUUAUAGUUUCAAAUGUUGGUGAUAAGAUUCUUGUAUUCUGGAUGACGUCUACCAUACACAUGGUGCAAGCAGUAGUGGUCCACGUAAAUUUGUCGCGUUUCGAGAUCAUUAUUCUGGUUCCAAACAGGACGGCAUUAUUGAGUUGACUAUAUAAUAUCAGCCCUGUAUUAUAUACUUGCCCACUGCUGAGCACGGGCCUCCUCUUCUACUGAGAGGGUUUAGGCCUUAGUCCACCACGCUGGCCUAGUGCGGAUUGGUAGACUUCACACACCUUCGAAAUUCCUAUAGAGAACUUCUCAGAUGUGCAGGUUUCCUCACGAUGUUUUCCUUCACCGUUAAAGCGAACGAUAAAUUCAAAAUUGAGUCGACUGGUGAGCGAUAAACAUUUGGCAUCUUAACAGUCUAUUAGAACCCUACGUCAUUUACCAUCAGCUGCUGUAGGGUCACUGUCGUAUCCAUAUAAAGUGAACAGAAAAAUAAAUGAAGAGAAUAUCAUAUUAAUACCCAUAAACCUGGCGAUUACUUAUUUACCGUAAAUGAUAUGACAAAUUGUGUGUAGCUAAACAGCACAGAUGCUAAUGCAUUCCUACUUAUAAUAUAAAACCUAAAGUUACUCUGUCUGUCUGUUACGCUUUCAAGGUUGUACUAUUGAACUGAUAUCAAUGAAACUUGGUAUUUAGAUGGUUUGAGACCCUGGCCAGGACAUAGGCUAGUUUUUAUCCCGGGAAUACUUCUGACGUAGGCAAAUACGCAAGCAAAAGCUAUAAUAGCCUGUAAGACUAGUAAUGACAUUCUUCUAAACAUAUAACGGCAGUUUAAUACUAGGAAAAUGUUAUCGAUCCAGUCGACAUAAUGUUAAACGCAAACUCUCUUCUCAGCAGUUAGUUCCGACGAGCUGAUUUUCGCAUUGUUUUUAUCAAGUAAGAUGUCUAUAAGACGUGAAAAUAAAUCAGUUUGAUGUCAACACUUUCCUUUAUUAUGUUAGUUUACAAUAGAUCUUUAGACCGGUUAGACCAGGGACGGCAAACUUUUUGGUCAACGCAACAUUAUUUAUAAUUUUUUUUUUUCUGUAAUGUGCUAACAUGGGGCGGUCUUACGGCCUGUCGUUGCAAAUGCAACUAUCAUUUACACAAGUCGAUAACAUAUGGCUAGAGCAGCAGUACUAUUCAGAAUAUCGUAGAAGAGUGUCCCAUCAGGAACUUCAAUUGGGUUUACAGGGCCUACACCAGAGGCGGUAGCUAACAUGCCUUUCUAUAAUCGUUAACGCUAACAUUAUGUAUGGGAAAGACAUAACGUAACGAUAGACUUUUACAUCAGAACCAUGCUUCGGCUUCCGAUGAUACCCGAAGACGCAUGGCUGUCAAAGUUUGACAUCUCAUUAUAAUAAUUAACCAUAAUAUUAUGCCAUACGAUAAUAUAUAAGGCCAGCUUUAGAUAUACGAACGUCUUAUGGCGUUCUCCUUUUAGAUCCCCACUAUAUUUUAUUUGACAUCCCUCAAUUAUUAUGUGUGUGCCCGAAUAAUUAUCGCGUGCCGCCACCAGCGCACCGGCCAUUAGUUCGCCAUCCCUUGUUCAAACCAUUGCAACAUUACCUCGAGUUCAAUGCUCUAAUACACUUUGACCAUUUUUAUCACCGAAUCCUUAUCACAUACGUCAAACAUUGCCUCAUUAGGUAAAUAGGCGACGCGUUAUCGAAUGUCAAUAGGUUUGUUUGAUGAGAAACUUAGGUUCUACUAGACACGAGGGUGAAGACCUCUUCUUUUAGGAACUUUCUGAAUAGAGAUCCAGUAGUAGUAAGACAAAAUGUCUUCAGCAGCAUUUUUGUUAUUAAUUUUUUUUAUCUAACUUCAGUGUUGUCACAUUACCGUCCGCGUGGAAAAAAGUAGUAAAUUUCUUAUAAGAAUAUUUAAAUUAAUAUUGAUAUUAUUAAAUCCGAUAUUAAUUAUCGAUUUGGGGCCAAUAAUGUUAAAAAUAGCACGCUCAAACUAUCAAGCGCCAAAUGUCGAAGGUUACAAUAUUUUAUUUCAAUAUAACGUACAAAUGUAAACAUGUAAUUUACUCACAUUAGGAACGGGUACAUAAUAUACUUAGUACAGUCAGCCAUAAAAGCAGCUAAACAAUUUAAAACUCUACAUACUAACUUCAAUAGCAUAUUUUUUUCUUUAUCCAACAUAAAGUAGGCCUGUGUAGUAAUAAUUAUUAUUGAUAAGGUUUUUAAAUAAAGGCGAUGUUAAUUUGAAUGUGUUCAACUGCUUUUGUGGUUGACAGUACAUCAAAACGACCUCAAUACAUUUUAGUAA